AUGCCUGUGUUGCUGCAGCAAUGUCGGAACGUUUCGUUUUUACAAGACUCCGAUUUGCUUUCGAAGGGAGGCUACGUGGUCCAACAGACGCAACUCUGGUGGAGUCUGAAAUUUUUGCAUGAAAGGUUUCAAGACAAAGGAGACACCCGAGCUUUUUACAAGUGGUUGCAGUUUUUCCUUCAUGGUGUGCGAGAAACAAAGUGUCUGUCCCAUGCCAAUGAUGAUGAAUGGAUUCAUUGCAGAAAAGCUCAGCAGAGUGACUCUGAACUCCAGGAAACAGUAGCAAGAUCUGUUGCCAUUCUUGCUUUCCUGGGAUUUUGCCUCAGGGAUUCAAGAACGAAGGCUGUGAUUGAUCUUUGCAAACUUUGGAUUCCAAAGAUUUGUGGUCGGGCGUUGUGGGGCUCCACUGCUGCUUCAGACCUGCAUGCGGAGAACAUGAUCACCAUGACGGUUCAGACAAAUGGACAUGUCACUGGGCUUGGUGCGGCGCUGGUUGCCAAACAUGCCACAAUAGCGCAGGUAUGGAAAUCUGAAUGGCAAACAAUGUUGCAAGCAGGUGACCUCACAGGUCCUCUUGAUGACAAUGAUUCAGUUUCUCUUGCUGAUCUGUUUCGGUUUGUCUUCACUGUGCAACGCCAAAGACGUGCUGCGCACAGACACAUUUGGCCAUCCUCGAGCGCAUCUGGCAUCGUUUUGGCUGCAAUGCAAGUUGCUGUUGUGAAAUUUCUGGGUGAGAUGGUGGACAAAUAUGUCUUUGAGAUUUACAUGCAAGAGAAUGAUACUCAGCAGGUAGUGCCAGCUUCCAAUCGGCGGCGCUCACGUGGGUCAGAUGAUGAAGCUGAAGCAGUUGCAAAGAGGCCAAAGGUUUCGAUGUCGCCAGACUCAAUUUGGGAAGUGGUGUCAACAGCUCGGGAGUCUGGUCUAUCCGGAAGGGAGGCGUUGCAAUUUCUGCAGAAAUUGGACCGUCUUUGCAAUGCAGCAGGAUGUCACCCGAACAGCAUGGAUGCAUGGAUGCGCAGACUGCAAUCCAUAUAUGAUUCCCGUGCCACCAUUGCCUUUGCUGGUACAUCGCAUAUCAAUUUGAUUGCAGACGCAAGCCGUCACUCCAACAAGGAAGUCUUGGUGAUUUUGCCCUUGGAUCAGCUAGCGCCAAAUGAGAUCGACUUGACUGACCUCGUGGAGACUCUUGCCAAGGUCAAGCUCCUGACAGGAGGGCGUCUUGCAAACCUUGAUUCAUUCUCUGCGCCUGAAGGGGUGAUCUUUCGUGCUGUCAAACCUGGAGAACAGCGGCUUGUGCGCCAAGAUGGUUCGAGGUUUGCAGUGCUGGAGCUCCAAAAGCUCAUCCAGUGCCGGUGGGACAUAUAUCAGCGCAGCAUUCGGGAUGUGAAACUUGCAUUGCUUCACUGCGGAGAGGGUGAGAUGUUCCAGGCGCAGAUGCACUCGCAGUAUCUGUUUGCACUUUCUUACCGACCAUUUGGGACUGGUGGGUUUGCUGAAGACAAGCGUCGCAUUUUAGAAGUCAUGCUUGGAAGAGAAGAUCCCGAAUCUUUCGCCCUGUGGGAUGAAUGGUGGGAAACAAUUCGAGAUGAUCUCAAAAUGCCACAGACUGCAAGUGCUUCUGAAGUAUGGCGGGUGCUUCCAAGCCUUGCUUGCUUCAGCAACAAGGGCACGAUGCCCAAGCUAGGGCUCUGGUUCAGCUGGAACCAGUCGUACCAUGAGAAUGUGGCAUCUUGGAACAUCCUGAAGAUGGUCUUGCAGUACCAUUUCAGCUUCACUGGUGGUGGUGAUGGCCUGGAUCCUGAUGUUGCGCAGGCGAAGAGGGAGCUUGAUCGUUUGGCACGCAUGGACCACCCAGAUGAAGAUGAACAUGUCACUUACAGAAAACAAUUCUCUUUGCUCAAGGAGAAGCUUGGGGGCGGGCUCAAACUCGCUUGGCAUUUGAUGUCAUGGCGUCUCCUCCAGCUUGUGCACAUCAUAGCAGCAACAACUGCACCCAUCUGGAAAUGGUACAGUGACAGUGUCAAGGGCUUGAAGAACGUCCAGGACAACAUCUGCCAUCAGGCAUGGCUUGCUCAAAAUUGGCAACGAUCUGUUCAUUUGCAAGAGCUAGCGGGAGUGCCAACUGCACAAUGCGAUGAAGUGGUCCAGCUUCUCACCAGAAGAGAGUUUGCAGGCAUCACAGAUACUCCAGAGAAGGUUUUCGAACUCAGCGCUCGCCUUCUGGAAAAACGAGCUUGGUCGCUGUCUCGAUCUGCAGCACCACCAGACUGCUACUCGGAGCUGCUGGGGAAUGAUCCAGUGUUGGCCCAGGUUGCAGCUGAAAGCAUGUGUCGCCAUCACCAAGCUUUAUUGCUCCUGGAGCAGGAAGUUGCCAAUGCGAAGGCCAAUGCUCCCUUGCUCGAUGCACUUUCUGUUGUCAUGACUCCUGCUGUGCGGUUGAUGUUGCUUCUCUUCGAGCAAGAUUCUUACAGAUCAAGUUCUCCUGGCGGACUUCACAUGUUGAAAGGUUUAUUGCUGACCAUGCCGGACAGUAAGUUGAUCGAAGACGUCCACGCUUUGAUCAGAAACGAUGGCAAGAGUCAGAAAACGCGAACACAAACGCUGCACCACAUUCAAGAAAUUGUCACACAGGGGAACCAGUUCAGCACCCGACAAGUGCCACAUCAACCACAUGUGGACCGGGACAUCUUUUUGACAAGGUUCCCACAUACCCGGGACCGCAAGCGCAAAAGGAGGUACUUUGCCCGGAACCACACUUUGCCUGAGGCCUGGAGCAAGGUCAUGGGGCCAAAGCAAUGGGCGACCAUUUCGGAGGAGACAUUGCACAAAGGCUUUGCUGCAUGGGUGUUCUUGCAGAGCUACUGCUCAGAAGGCAUGAUGGCCAAAGGGGUGCGCAUCAGUCAUGGGCAGAUGUCAAAGCUAGCAGUCCCAUUGCAAUUUCUGCAACAACGUGAUGCCGAUGGGAAUGUGGUCUACAUGGGCUUUUGCCUGGGAAAUGCAACUUGGGCGGCUUUGUUUUGGCCGGUGAAAUUCUUCAGAGAUGACUCUUCUGGCUUUUCAGCCUUGUACUUGGAUCCUCAUGGUGAAGCUGAGUGGCAAUUCCUUCUGAAUCCGAUGCAGUGGCAGGUGCUUCCAACAAAGGCGGCAGAUUUUGAAGGUCGAAUUUACAUGGUCCCCGAUGAGGCAAAGACAGAGUCCCUGUUGAAUUUUUUCCUGCGCUCUGCUUCUAUGCGCAAGAGCCUCCUGGUGGCUGACAUGAAACUCUUGGGGCAAUUUUUGGACAUUCCAGAUUUUCCAUCAAAAAGCCUACGCCAAGAUUUGCUUCUGGCCUUGGUCAAUUAUGCGGCCGGUGGCGAUUCAGAAUAUGUUGAACAGAUUGAGAUUGACAUGCAAAAGCCAGAAAAACCCAAAGUGAUUGGAGAUGCUUUGGACGAGUUUGUCUAUGGGGAGCUGCCGGGAGAAGACCAAGGCGACUACAGAGAAGUGGCCAAAGAGGUGGAAACCAAGAAAAAAUUUGGCUGGUCCAUGGCUGAGCAGAAAUGGAAGGCAGUGACCAACCCGAAGAAACAGAAAGGCAAAAGGGCCCCAAAGGCCAAAGCCAAAGCAGCUUCAAAGGCCAAACCAAAAACCAUGCCAAAAAGCAAAGCCAAACCAUGGAAAAUUUCACGCUCUGCUCUGAGAUCGGGCUCAAAGUGUGAUGCGCCAGACGAGGAUGCUGCGCCAGACGAGGAUGCUGAAGUGGUCGUGGCUUUGCUUUCUAUUGUAGCAACAUGUUGUGUGUUGAUUGUCGCGCUUUAUUAUUUGACUUCUUUGUCAGGCGUCCUAUAUGUCUUUUGCAGUGUCAUGACAUGUUUUUUUGGGUUGAUGUGCCUGUAA